UGCCCUGCCCUGCCCUGCCCUGCCCUGCCCUGCCAGUGCCGCCCCAGCGGCUUUCGAGGUAGGAGCCAGGGCGCUGCGUGCAGCUCUGCUCAGCCUGGGGCCUGGCUCCCCUGGGCUGCGCUGCCCCCUCUCCUCUGCUCCUCGCUGGUGGCAGGGCUUCCUUGGCCCUGGCUGCUGCAGGCUGCUCCCCCAGGCCUGGGGGGGAUGCUGGAGGGAACUUAUGGGGGGGCUGGUUAUGGCGUGGCUCUGGCCUCAAGGCUGCAGCUGCUCCCCUACCCCCUCCCUCCUGGCAGCUGGGCUGUAGGAAAGGCUUCAGGGCAGUGCCAAGGGGAUGCGUGCCUCGGAGAGAUGCUGGCUGCUGAGAAUGGCCCACUCGGGUCGGAAGUGGCAGCGGCGGUGUGAGCCGGCUCCUGCAGCUGAUGGCAGGGCUGCAGCGCCGGGUGCGGGGUGCCUGGCAACGCCAGGAGCGUGGGGAGUGCGGCCCGGAGCGGCGCAGGUGUGGGAGGGGCGUGGGCUGGCGGAGACGCACAGUGGCACGGCAGGCGGGGGCGGGAGCCACGACUGGGCUUGUUGGGGGGCUGCAGCUGGUGCUGUGGGGCAUGGCUGUGCUGGUGGCCAGGCCGGGACAGCAGGGCCCAGACCUGCAGCAGCUGGAUCCAACAAGCUGAGGUGUGCCGCAAAGCUGGAAAGGUCCCAGCCUCCAGCUUGGGGGGGCCUGGCCUGGCACCUGCACUGGGGGCAUGCUCGGCCUGGCUGUCAGCAGCGCCUGGGAUGCCCCUCUGCAAGCUGCCCACGCGCCCAGAGCCCUGCCUUGCCCCGGGACAGCCACCCAGCAGCCCCUGGGAUGCCCCCUUUGCGCCAGGGCUGAGGGUGCUGCCCACCUGGCUGGGGCAGCCGGUCACGGUCAGCCCCAUAGCUGGGCACCGUGUUCCCCUGUCCUGGCCCUGCCACCCCCUCCCCUGGCUGGGAGACUGGCAGGGCAGAGGGGCUGCCCCUGGGGAGGUGUUGGGCCCAUCCCUGGGGUGGAGGCUUCUGCUUCUCCUCCCCUUUCCUGCCCUCCCUCCCCUUCCUGUGCUGCCUGGGAGUGGCUGCUCAAAGCAUCCGCCCUUUCCCAAUCGCUGCUGCCGUCUGCCCACAGGGCCACACCACAGGCAGCGCUCACCCCGUGGCCUGGGGCAGCCUGCCAGUGGGCACCUGCCUGGCCCAGCCUGCUCUGCACCAGCCCCACGCCCCCUGACACGCUGCAGGCCCCAUCUGUGCCCCCCACAUGCCGAGGCCCCCUGCCCCUUGGCCGGCGCCAGGAGGUGCCCAGCUGGUUGCCCCGGCUGCCUGCGCUGCAAUGGCAGGGCCUGGCUGCCCUUUCUGACCUCCCCUCUCUGGUUUUGCAGGGCCUGGCCACGUCCGUUGGAGAGCUAAACGCCUCCCGGGCCCAGGGCAGCAGUCAGAGCGUGAACAGCUUGCCCAGCUCCCCGAGCACCGCUCCAGGGCCCGUGGCCAGCUGGGCCGAAUCCUUUGAGGCACUGCUGCAGGACCGCGUGGGCCUCGCCUACUUCACCGAGUUCCUGAAGAAGGAGUUCAGCGCUGAGAACGUCUACUUCUGGCAGGCGUGUGAGCGGUUCCAGCAGAUCCCUGCCACCAAUGCCCAGCAGCUAGCCCAGGAUGCACGGCGCAUCUAUGAUGAGUUCCUGUCCAGCCACGCCGUCAGCCCCGUCAACAUUGACCGGCAGGCCUGGAUCGGGGAGGAUGUGCUGGCCACCCCCACCCCUGACAUGUUCCAGCUCCAGCAGCUACAGAUCUUCAACCUCAUGAAGUUCGACAGCUACGCCCGCUUUGUCAAGUCCCCGCUGUAUCAGGCCUGUGCCAAGGCCGAGAGCGGGGGGCUGCCUCUGCCCGACCUGCGGCCCCACCCCCGCAGCGGCAGCCCCCCGCUGGACCUCGACAAGAAGACGAAGCUGAAGCCGGGCAAGUCACUGCCGCUGGGCGUGGAGGCAGCAGGAAGCAGCGCUAGCGCGGCUCGGAGCCCCCGGCGCUCCUUCAGGAAGGGGGAGCGGAGAGAGCCCUCGUGGGCAGAUGGGGGGGACGGCAUGGGCCUGUGGCGCGAGUCCCAGGGCUCCCUCAACUCCUCCGCCAGCCUGGACUUGGGCUUCCUGUCCUCCUCCAGCACCAGCCUCCCCAGCUCGGGGCCCAGCUCCCGCCUGGAGGGCCCCCGGCAGAGCCUGGGUGGGACCGAGCCAAUGAAGUACUGCUGCGUGUACCUGCCUGAUGGCACAGCCUCGCUGGCUGCUGUGCGGCCUGGCCUCUCUGUGCGCGACAUGCUGGCUGGGAUCUGUGAGAAGCGUGGCUUCCACCUGCCUGACAUCAAGGUCUACCUGGUGGGCAACGAGCAGAAGGCGCUGGCGCUGGACCAGGAGAGCUCGGUGCUAUCAGACAAGGAGGUGAAGCUGGAGAACAGGAUCAGCUUUGAGCUGGAAAUUGCCUCUGUGGGCAAGAGCGUGCGCAUCAUGGCGAAGGCAACCAAGAGCCUGCGGGAAGCACUACAGCCCAUCUUGGGGAAGUACGGCCUGGCCGUGGAGCCCGUGAAGCUGCGGCAGGAGGGUGAGCCCAACACCUUGGACCUGGAGAGACCAGUCAGCACCGUGGCUGGCCAGAAGCUGAUCUUGGAGGCCGGAGCAGGCGGGAAAGCCGCAGGCACCAGUCACGCCUCUGCAUCCUCUUCCCACCUUGGGAGUGAGGAGAGCAGCCCCGGCGACGCGGAGGCAGAGCUGCUGCUGGAGGUGCCCGCGGGGCUCCCCCGCUCCCGGGCCAUGGCCGCCAAAAACCUGAACCGGCGCACGUACGACCUGGAAGGGCUGGUGGAGCUGCUGAACCGCGUCCAGAGCUGCCGCGCCAACGACCAGCGCGGGCUGCUCUCCAAGGAGAACCUGGUGCUGCCAGCCUUCCUGCAGCUCCCGGCCCCGGCGCCCACCGACAGCCCGUGCCCCGCGGAGCCCGGGCCGGAGCCGGCCUCCCGCCCCGAGCGGCGCUAAGCCGUCGCGCCCGGCCUGGUGCCGGCCUCCCUGCUGCCCCUCCCCGUCCCACCCCGGUGUCGUGUUGCUGUGACCCCGGCUGCCCCGCGCCCUGUACAGAGCUGCCUCGCCUGGUGUAAGAUAUGCAUAAACCGCAUGGCCCUG